AUGGAAAAUGGAGAAAGAGUGGAAGGAAAGACAAUGCAGCUGAGAAAUUUGAUCAAGGAUACAUCAGUUACUUGUAAAGCUGAGAAUAAGGCCGGUGGUACUCAGGAGGUCAUACAGAUACAAAUUUCCGGUCCUGGCACACCUCCCAAUGAAAUCGUUCUGUUACCUAUGCCAAAUCAGGUGAUCAACGUGGAAUGGACAACUCCUGAUGAGGUGAAUGGAAGAAUCACCAACUACAUUGUACAUUAUGGAGAAGUCCCAGAAGCUACGGAGCCGACGGAGUGGAAGGUGGCUACUGUAGAUGGAUUAGAUGUUAAUCAUCAGCUACAGCAACUAGAUCCGAAAAAGAACUAUGCUGUUCGGGUACAGGCAGUUAGCGAUCGCGGUCCUGGAGUCAUCUCAGCACCUCAAAUGAUUCGCACACUUCCUCUGGCUCCCGCCCAAGUUGUGAAUCCAGAUAUCUCAGUCUUCGAUAAUAAUUCCGUAAUUAUCGAAUUUGUACCACCGGCGGAUCCUGAAGCGCCAGGAAAACAAAUCAAGGACUUCGUUAUCCAAUACACGUCCGAAGAUCCACCAACAGACGAAACAGACUGGAAGGAGCUUCGUUACACUGACCCAGACGAUAAGGACAACAUCACUAUUGUUCCUAUUGACGGUGAGAACUUCAAUCCAGACACUAAAUAUCAUGUGAAGAUCAUUCCUCGCGGAGAGAUCGAUGGGCCUGCCAGUGAACCGACAGUGUUCACGACUGGAGAUGGA